AUGAAUGAAUUACCAGAAGAAUUGGUUACAUUACCAAUUCCAUUGGUAGGAUUGAUUGGUAUAUCAAAUCUACACUUUUACAUUGAAAAGAAUAUAUCAACUAGAUCGAUUGUAGACUUUCAAAGAUUACAUCCAGUCUCACCAAUAGCUACUUCAUCACAGCAACAACAAUCACAUAUAUCACUUGAUCCAUUAUCACCAAAACUUGUUAGUGCAGACACACCCAUUUCAUCAUCUCCUUCAAAUCAAAGUCGUAUUGAACAACAACUAAACAAUGACUUGUUGAUAUCGACACCAAACAAUAGUGGAUCACCAGCACUCCAACAGCAACAACACUCACAAUCACAAUCAUCAUCCCCAAAUAGUUCAACCACUAACACAGUAUCUGGAUGGCGUGUACAAUUACUACAACCACCCAUUAUAAAGGUUGUUUCAAUCGAGGUAGGAGGAUUGACCAACAAAAAGGAAAAGAAGCCCAAUCAUUCAGAGUCAUUCAUUCCACAGGGUGUCAUCAAGGCCAAUUGGAUUCAUAAACACACUGCAUCACUGCCAUCGGUAGUAUCCCUCUUUCUUCAAUGGCCAGAAGAUAAAUCUCCCAAAUCACAUGAUGCUCUACUAUCUCAAAUCGAUGCUGUCAAGGCAAAUAUCAAACAAAGAAAUGUAAAAUUAAUGAUUGUCAUUGUAACCAAUUCUUCAAAUGUUGAUGUAUAUGAUGAAAGAUUUUCAAUGAUUAGAAGAAGAGCUGAUAUUGAUCCAAAAUAUAUAAUCUUUUUAAACAAGAGUGAAAUGAAAAUAUUUGUUAAAAAAUGGGAAAAACUUGCAUUAGAAUUAACAGAUUUACAUUACAAAGAGGAGUGUCAAUCAUCAAAAUCACAAAUUGCAAAAUCAACUCAUCCAUUCCUUGUGAUUAGAUAUCAUUUCAAGAUUGCAUUCUACUCUGAAUUUAGAAAUGAUAUGAAUUCUUCACUUAAAUAUUAUACAUUUGCAUACAAUUCAUUAAAAGAUUGGAAACCAAAUAAUGAUCCAAGAGGUUCAAGAUUUGAAGAAUUAAGAAUGAUUGCUUCAUUUUUAAAUUUCAAGAUUUGUAAAUUUUAUUUAUGGUCAAAUAAUUCAAAUGAAGCAUUACAACAAUUUGAAAGACAUAUUAGAUUAUUCAAGAUUUAUCAUGGACCUGAUGAAAAACAAUUUGGACAUUAUCAAUGGAUUGCAAGAGAGUAUCAAAUCUUUGCCGAGUUGUUGGAGAUGUGUACAAACACGAAUCGAAAUGCUAUACCAGGAGGAUCGAUAUUCUACUACCAAACCGCUGCCAAAUACACCGAGGAGCGUAGAAAGUAUUUCAAAUGGGUGUCUGACAAGUACUCCAAUUCAACGUCGGUACAGAAAUUCAAAGACUCUAAGCCUCGAUUUAAUCUGACUACGGGGUGCAUCUAUAUUGGUCAGCCACCUCCAGAUCUUUCACAUCCACUCGAUCAUUCGACACCUGCCAUGGUUGGAGUAUUACACGACGAUGAAAUGGAUGAUUUCUAUCGAUCCAUUUCGAUAGAGUUGCAAACCAACUAUACCAACUUGAUUGUCGAUCUCUUGGGACGUGCUUUUGAACAAGCUACCAUUCAUAGAAACACUCGUAUCAUUUCAUUUAUUGAAUCACUAAUUGCAAAUGAAUACUUUAUCGAUCAUCAAUAUGAUAUGGCUCUCCAAUACUUUAACCACAAUGCUCUUACCUAUCGUCGAGAGAAAUGGUGGAUGUUGUUAACCUACACUCUUUCAAUGUGUCUUAAAUGUGUUCAUAAUUUAAAUCAACCAACUAGUUAUAUUGGUUAUGCUAUGGAUUUACUUUCUCCAGAUUUAACAAAUUCUAAAAAGGAAAGAUCAAUUAUUCAACAAUUUUUACUUUAUGUAUUGGUUGAUUCAAGUAAAUUAUCGCCACCAAUUUCUUUAACUGCUCCACUUGAUGUUAAAAUGGAUCAUACUCAUCCUCUAAUUAAUUGUAGAGUACAAUUUCCACAUAGUAUUGCAACAUCACAUAGUAAGACUGAAUUUUUUGUAGUGAUUGAAUCACAUUUCCCAGAUCCAAUUCGUUUCUCAAAGUUGAGAGCUGUAUUUUCGGAUCCAUCUUACAACAAGGUAUUAAACGGUGAUCAAUUGUCAAUUGUUGAUCCCAUUUCACCGACUCUAAAGAUGAAUCAAGAGAGAAAGGAUCUUGUAUUUCUACCAAAUGAAUCUCGUCUCUUUUCAUUCACUCUGGCAACCAAGGAAAAGAUGGAACUAGAAUGUCAAUCUGUUAUUUUAGAAUUGGGGUCAUCACCAUCUGUCAAUUUCUGUUGGAAUAUUUCUGAAUGGGCAAUUAAAUCUGAUCAAGAAUCUUCUGAUAAAGAUCAACAUAAUCAACAACCACAAGUUAAAAAGAAUCAAGUGACUCUACAACAACAGCAACAACAACAACAACAACAAUUGGUAAAACCAGAUCCUUAUAAAAAGUUUUUAGAACGUUCAUCAAUUAGAAUUCUCGAUCAUGAAUCACUUAUUCAAAUCAAAUGUAAUCAUACUCCACCAGCCAUCAUCAAUGAAUUCUAUGAAAUCGAAUUGGAACUUGUAAACAAUGACAAAGAGAUUACCAAGGGUACUAUUACUUUUGAACUUUUAAAUCCAAAUAUUGCAACUAAUCAACAACAACAACAACAGCAACAAACAGAGUUAUUAUUACCAACGAUUGAAAUUAAUAACAAACCAUUAGUAUCUUCACCAUCAAUCACCCAAAUUCACCAAACCCAACAACAAGCAGAAAGAGGAAUCUACCCCAAACCAUCAUUCUCUGAACAAUUGUCAACUCUUUCCCUACCACAUAUCCAAGAAAAAGCAUCAUUUAAAAAGAUCUUUUACUUGCACUCAUCUCAAAUCGACGAGAACCGAUUGGUGAUCAAUGUGUCGUACGAGACCAAGUCCAAUGAAAUAUCACACUCUAGCAAGGGAUUCAACUUCCCCGUCCAGAUUGGGUUCCUCACUCAAUUCCAAUUCUUUAGUACCAACUUUACACCCAACGAUAUGUAUGAUGGCGCCAUUGUUGCCAAGGAGCCACUCCUUUUACUCUGCGAUAUCCGUAUGAAUCUUCCCUACGAUGUCGUCAUUGAUAAAACGACGCUAAAGAUCAACAAUGUGAGUCAGGCUACUCUGAACCCAUUGAUGAUGGGUGCCAGUGAUGAAUCGGGGGCACCCAACGACGCAUCAUCAGUGCCCGUAGGUCAUCUACUCAGCUCGUCCAACUCGAAUCUCUCGCCAUCCACAUUGACUCGUGACGGCAACUAUAGCUGUUGGUUUAAUCUCAUUCCACUCAUCACUGGUGAAUCUCUAUCUUUGGGAUCACUCACCAUUUAUUGGCGUAGAAAGGUCAAGGGUAAUGACCAAGACGACAAGUCAAUUGUAUCUCAACUACCUAUUUUACUGCCACACAUGCGUAUCACUACCAACCCGUUCAUAACCAAUGUCAACGUACCAUCGUACGGAGUUGUUGGUGUGCCAUUGGCUCAUAGCAUCGUGAUCACCAACAACACCAACUUUUUACAAGAGUUUGAGUUGUUGGUCACCAACCCAGCUUCGUAUGGUGGCUCUGACGCACCAUUCCUAUUUGCAGGCGACCGUGUCGGAACAUUCUCUAUCCAUCCAGAAUCAACACAUGAGAUUCGUCAUGUACUACUACCACUUGUCGCAGGUAAACAUCCACUUCCUCACUUUAAAAUCACUUCGAAACGAUUCAACAAGGAAUUACCAAAGACUAAAAAUACAAAUGAAUUCCUAUUUGUUAAACCAUUCCUAUCAAAUUAA